AUGUCGGAUUUUGAUCCAACCAAGCCCAUCAAAGACCCCAAGGUCUGGUAUCCCCAGGGCAUGUACAUAUCCCAGGGCGACAAUGGACAGAAAACAUUCCUGCUCGCUAAGAAGGACAUGGGAUCUUUGAAUCGAUAUGUCAUGACUGGGCGAAUGUUGCCCACCGAUCGCACCGAGUAUACAUCGACUAUUGGUGUGGCAGACACCAGCGUCAUCAGUGAUGAGGUCUGGGGUGCUGUUGAUAAUCUCUUAAGGGUCUACAAAACAAUCAAAACCGACUCGUCCGACUUCCAGGACAACACCUGGGAUGGUAUUGUCGAACUCGCCAGCAACAUCUACACCUAUGCCUCCAAGGCCGGUGGCACCGACGAGAGCUCCUAUUACUACAAGAUCAUGGAGUGGGUUAAAAAUUACAACGAAGCCAACACAGAUGAUGAAAGGGAGAAAUAUGCAGCCGACAUUACCUACGCUGCCAAAAAGCAGCUUGGAAUCGUCACUGAUCUGCAGAGAAAGGCAGAAACUGCUCGCACUGACCUAGGCGUAUUUCACGAUAAAUGUGUCGCAAGCAAGGGCCAGCUCGAUGGCAGCGCUAAUACCAUGCAGACCUUGCUGAAAAAAGAGAAUAGCGAUAUUGAGACGCUAACAAAGGAGAUUGAGGAUGCGAAAAAGGCCCUGGAGCCAAUCCAGAAGCGGAUCGACGAAGCCCGGCUCAGGGAACAGCAUACCGAAUAUUACAGUUGGAUUCCCAUUGUGGGCACCAUUGCGGCGAUCGCUGUCAUCGCCCUGGCUGAGGAGGAGAUUGCCAGCCUGAGAGACAGUUUGAACAAAAUCAUGGUUGUGAUCAACUCGGACCAAGCCAAGCUGCAGGCCGCCAAUGCGCUACAGGGAGACAUCACCGGCAUGGGGACCGAUGUUGACAGUUUAUUGGGCAUUAUCGCGCCUGCCAUAUCUAUCCUCGAGGACCUGCAGGGCGCUUGGAAAAGUAUGUCGACCAAGUUAGAGGUUCUCAUGUCUCUCUUUGAGGACGAAACAGAGGGUGUGCCCCCGAUGGAUAUGGCGGAAACGGACCUACAGUCCAUUAUCGAGGAAUGGAACGCCCUUCGCGAUGACGCUGAUGCUUACAUCAAGGAGGCCUAUAAUAUUCCCCAGCCCUCGAAGACCAGCAUUCAGAAUUAUGUGAAUCAGCUCGAUGAUCAUCUGCAGAAAUUGAAAAACUAA